AUGGAGUCACCCUCAGCCCCUGCUCACAGACAACUUGUCCCCUGGAAAGAGUUCCUGCUGGCCGGCUCACUCUUAAUUUUCUGGAGCCUGCCUAUGAGUCAACAACUCCAUGUCAUGAACCUCGAUGCUCCUGAAGGGAAGGACGCACUUCUCAAUGCCCAAGAUCUACCUCCUGACACUGUAAGCCUUAAAUGGUACAAAGGGAACAGUGCAGACAAUGAUAACCAUCUCAUUGGAUCAUGUACAUCAAGUACUAAAAUAUGUGUCUCUGGACCUGCAAACAACAGUCGACAGAUAAUGAGCGCCAAUGGCUCCCUAUUGUUCCAGAAGGUCACCUUGGAGGAUACGGGAUCCUAUACACUACAAGUCACAAAAGUAAAUACUCAGACUGAAAAAACAACUGCACGGCUCCGAGUAUUCCCGGAGUUACCCACACCCACCCUCACAACAGCCAACAUCAACCCCCAGGAGAACAAGGACCCGAUAGUGUUCUACUGUGAACCUUUUACUGUGAACACCACUUACCGGUGGUUGGUCAACAAUCGCACUCACGCAAAGAGCUCCAACCUCCGGAAUGUUUUCACUAUAAAACUAGCCUCAAGGAAAGACACUGGAGCCUAUCAGUGUGAAACCCGGAACCCAGUGAGUGUCCGCCUCAGUAAUACAAUCAAUCUAAGUGUUGUAUAUGGCCCAGAAACACCCAUCAUCACCCCCAAAGACUUCCAGUACUAUCCAGGGGUAAACCUUAACCUCUCCUGCAAUGCAGUCUGUAACCCACCCGCAGAGUAUACCUGGAUUUUCCAUGGGGCAACCGUGAAACACACACCGGAGCUCUUUAUCCCCCGCAUCACUGAAAAGCAUAGUGGAGUUUACACCUGCCUUGCCCUUAACCCUGUCACUGGCCUCAAUAAGACCGCAGUCCAGAAUAUUGCGAUAACUGUCCUUACAGAUAAGACUAUUGUGGGCAUCGUGAUUGGAGUCCUGUUAAGCCUAGCUGUGAUAGCAGCCAUGGUGGCGAGUGACCAGGGCGAUCUCACACAGCCCAAGUCCUCAGCCAACCACAGUCAGGGCCACUCUGACAACUCACUCAACAAGAAAAAAUGUACAUAUUCUUCUCUGAACUUCAAUGUCCAGGAAUCAAAGAAACCAACUUCAGCCUCCCCAUCCCCGACAGCCACAAAACGGUUUAUUCAAGAGUCAAAAAGAAGCUCACUGCACAGCUGA